AUGAUCUUCAAGAAGCCAACUUUCGCCCUUUGCUCCAGUCUUCCCGCCUUGCUUCCAUCGUCACACCCCUGUUAUAGCAUAACGUCAUCAUCAUGUAGUACGAACACGCGAUGGCCUCCGUGUCAAGAGCACGGCCAUGUCUUCUUGCGUCGACAAUAUUAUGCUACGGUUUUCGACGGGUCCAAGAAGUCGGCUACCUCUUCUAACGAGCAUGCCUGGCCUGAGUCGCCACACCCCACCCCCUAUGAAAUCUUCGACCAACAGAAGAGUGCGCCAUAUAGCAAGACCAAAUUCUAUGAAUUGGUUAAGCUCUAUCAUCCCGAUAGGCAUCAUCACGUGCCAACCCACCGGCUGUCGCAUUCCGCCCGGCUUGAGCGUUAUCGGUUGGUCGUUGCAGCAAAUCAGAUUCUCAGCGACCCAUCUAAGCGACGAGCCUACGAUUUGUACGGCGCAGGAUGGGGCGGAAUGCGAAAUAUGGAAAAUCUCUACCGCUCCGCCGACAGGUCUUGGCGCGACGUUCCUGGGAAUCCGAGCAUGAACGCCACAUGGGAGGAUUGGGAACGAUGGUACAAUGAAAGGGAUGGGAAGAAGGAGAAGCAAAGUCCUGUUUAUAUGUCUAACCAGCUAUUUGCCGGUGUGCUAUGCAUAUUCGUGGUUAUCGGAAGCGUGGGCCAAGCGCGCCGCGCAAAUUCAAACACGACAAACUUAGUAGAAAUGAGGGAGCAGAGUCAUGCGAUUAUCAGUCACGAUAUGAGACAGCGUCAGACUGAGCAGGCGACCCUCAACAGACAUGAGAGAGUAGAAAAUUUUCUGCGACAGAGGGAGGGUUGGGCUUUGGCCGCAACAGAAAUCCCCCGCUCAGUAUCAGCCUCUGAUGAGAAAUAA